CCCAGCCUGGAACUUGAGCCCUCCGGAGACGUAUUACGCGCGGGUUCUGGUACCUUUUUAUCGCGGACUCCCCUGCUCUGUCUUCCCGCCUGCUCCCUCGUAGCGCGAGCCUCUUCCCGACCCGCAGGUCCGGUCCCGCGCGGUGCAGUCCCCGCCGAGCGGCGAUGCGCCUUAUUCAGAACAUGUGUACCAUCGCCGAGUACCCCGCCCCGGGCAGCGCAGCCGCCGCCGAUUGCUGCUUAGGGGCGGCGGGCCGCCGCCUGGUCAAGAUCGCCGUGGUUGGGGCCAGCGGCGUGGGCAAGACCGCUCUGGUCGUCCGGUUCCUCACCAAACGAUUCAUUGGUGACUAUGAAAGAAAUGCAGGUAAUCUCUAUACCAGACAAGUCCAAAUAGAAGGCGAAACCCUGGCUAUUCAGGUUCAAGACACUCCAGGUAUUCAGGUCCACGAGAACGGCCUGAGCUGCACGGAGCAGCUGAAUCGGUGCAUCCGCUGGGCCGACGCCGUGGUGAUCGUCUUCUCCAUCACCGACUACAAGAGCUACGAACUCACCGGCCAGCUCCACCAGCACGUGCAGCAGCUGCACCUGGGCGCCCGGCUGCCCGUGGUGGUCGUGGCCAACAAGGCCGACCUGCUGCACAUCAAGCAGGUGGACCCCCAGCUCGGACUGCAGCUGGCCAGCAUGCUGGGCUGCUCCUUCUACGAAGUGUCCGUCAGCGAGAACGACAACGACGUCUACAACGCCUUCCACGUGCUGUGCAAAGAAGUGAGUCACAAGCAGCAGCCCAGCAGCACUCCAGAGAAGCGGCGCACCUCCCUCAUCCCCAGGCCCAAGUCCCCCAACAUGCAGGACCUCAAGCGGAGGUUCAAGCAAGCCCUCUCUGCCAAAGUCAGGACUGUCACCUCCGUCUGACGCCGGGGUGGGGCGCUCCAGGGGGUUUGGUCUUCCCGGGAAGAGAGACCCAAGGUUCAGCAGGAACGUUGGAUGCUGGCAGUGAGUCAUGGGUCCAGAAAGGGCUGGAGCCAAGGGGCCAAGAGAGCCUACGGAACUGCGGCCGAAGAAGAAGCGCUGUCCUAAGCAGGGGGACAGAACUGAGGUGGCUGGAACGAGCCCACUGAGCCACCCUGUGAAUAUGUGAAACGUCCCCCCCCCGUGUUGUGGCUCUUCCUCCGGAGUGGGGGAGGGACACGAGGGGUUCAGAUUUUGUCAACAACCUUGUAAAUGAUGGUCAGUUGUAGUCUCCCCCAUGUAUUGAUGUGAUUUACAGCGGGAAUGAAGGAACAGAUGAAGCCUUCAUGAGCUGUCCUCUUUUUUUUUUUUUUUCUUCUGUCUUCCUUUCCUUUUUUUUUUUUUUUUUUCCUCCCCCAAGAGGAAGAAUUGCUUUUCUCAUACAAGUAUAUGUGUUUCUGGGAUCCUCUUUGUUAUAAGCUGCCCUUCUAACCUGAAGGAUACCCAGAUUUCUCUUUUGAAAGAACGAGGAGGAAAAUACUACCCUCGCCUUCCCCAAAGGGUGGAGCUUAUGGGCCGAAUGUUAUAUAUACAGACACGUGUGAGUUUCUGGGCCUGCAGGAGGCUCCUACCUCCUGAUGCUGAUGCGUAUGCUGAGCUGGGCUGGGUAUGUGUUGAGUGGUUGAGGACUCAAGCACUUCGGCCCCAGACUUGGAGUCAUUGUGAGACAGUAUGAUUUUUUUAAAAAAUUGUUUCAUCAGGUCCAGAAAAAAACAGUGUCCAUUGAUUUUGGUGUGUGGUGUGUCAGCAGCUCACAGCAAUGACGCUGGGUGGUUUCCGGACCUGGCUGAGUUGUGGCUUCACGACAGAACACUUAUCUUACAGCGAGUGAACAGAGGCAGGGGCAACCGCCAAACCCCCUUACCCAGAUGCACUUUAAAAAGCCACUCAUGCUUUGGCUGAAACUGUAAUUAAUUUAUUUUAUGUACAAUAAAAGCUCAUUUAAAGAGA